GACAGCCCUAAUUUAUAUAUAUAUAUAUAUAUAUAUAUAUAUAUAUAUAUAUAUAUAUAUAUAAAUGAGCAAACAACCUGAAAGUACGAGGAUCAAUGCAAUGAGGAGGAUUUAAUUGAAUGCAUUCUGCUUUGUAAGGGGGGGCUAUGCUCUAAAAGUAGAAAUAAACAUCCCUGGAAAAGGAGAAGAAUCAGGGAUCAGACCCCUUUCUUUUGUACUGUUUUUUAGGUAAGACUGAAAUCGUGUUUAUGGUAAAAUAACAAACAUUUUAAUUAGGAGAAUUAAAUAGCAAGGGAACUGAACACAGAGUUCUUUCUUUUGUAAAUAAAUACCAUUUUGACUCCUUAUUUGCUGGUUCCCCAUUAGUGUUGAAAUACUUUCCACCCACGAGUCAGGUUUAUUGUGCCAGCCCCCUCAAGGUUGGACAGAAAAACAUACAAUUACAACCAGAUGCUGGCCUGCUUCUCAGAAGAGGGCUGUUGCUGCUGCUCUGGGACCAGCCGGUUGCUCACUGAGUGUCGAGCAUCGUAUUCAUAUGUGACCUGAGCAGUGGUCCGAAGUCAGCGCCUUGUGUGUGGAGACCUCAUUCGUUGACUCCUACUCCACCUCCUUCAGCAGAUACUCUCGGCUCCCCAAACCCCCCCCCCGAAGCUUCGUUCAGCACAGCGACCACUCCACAGCCAUGAGGAGCUUCUUGAUGCUGCUUUGGGGCCUGCUGCUGUCUCCUCGGCAGGCGCACGGGGCCGGCUGCUCCGCGGUGACGUCCAGCUUCUGCCAAGGUUUGGGAUACGCCACUACCCCCCACCCGACCGGGGCGCCGGGCUACAGCCUGCAGCAGGCCGCCCAGCUGGUGGAGACGGCGUGCUCGCCCGACGUGGCCGCGCUGGUGUGCCGGGUCGUGGUGCCCGAAUGCGGCUCAGAGGAGGGCAGCCAGAAGAAGCCCUGCAGGGCUCUCUGCGAGAAGGUCAAGACGGACUGCGAGUCCGCCCUCAAGGCCAAGAGGCUGAGCUGGCCCACGAGGCUCCGCUGUGACGCACUACCGGAGUCCAACUGCGUGCAGGGUCCUCCCGCCUCGUGCCAGCCGAUCACCGUCCCGCUCUGCGGAGACCUGUCCUACACCGAGACCGUCCUGCCCAACCUCCUGGGCCACGCCACUCAGGAGGAGGCGCGAGCAGCCCUGACGACGUUUUGGCCACUGGUGCAGGUGGGGUGCUCCACCCAGCUGAAGCCUUUCCUGUGCUCCGUCUACACCCCCAAGUGUGUGUCGGGGAGCCCCCGCCCGCCCUGCAGGGCGCAGUGCGAGCAGGCGCGCUCCGGCUGCGAGGCGCUGAUGAAGAGGUUCGGCUCGAAGUGGCCGGAGGACCUGAGGUGCGAGAAGUUCACCGCCGAGUCCUGCGAACACAUUCCAGGCUUCGGUUCCACUCAACCAUCGGCGUGCCAGAGGAUCACCGUGCCUCUCUGCAGUGACCUGCCGUACACCGACACCGUCCUGCCCAACGUCCUGGGCCACAAAACUCAGGACGCCGCCGGCCUGGAAGUGUUUCAGUUCCUGCCCCUCGUGAAAGUGCAGUGCUCCCCCCACCUCAAGCCUUUCCUGUGCUCAGUGUACACCCCUGAGUGUGUGUCGGGGAGCCCCCGCCCGCCCUGCAGGACGCUGUGCGAGCACGCGCGCUCCAACUGUGAAUCCCUGAUGAACUCCUUGGGGUUCCAGUGGCCUGAUUCCCUGAAGUGUGAAGCUUUCGACACGGAGUCCUGCGAACACUACGGCGUGGGCCGCGGCGGCGGCGUCUGCGAGCCCAUCACCAUACCCAUGUGCCAGGGCCUGGCCUACAACCAGACCAUCACUCCCAACCUCCUGGGCCACACCAGUCAGAGAGAGGCGGUGGUGAAGAUGUCCUUGUUCAACGCCAUGGUGCAGAGCAUGUGCUCCGUGGACAUUCGCCUCUUCGUGUGCGCGGUGUACGCCCCCCAGUGCUCGGCGGGGGAGGUGCAGCGGCCCUGCAGGUCUUUCUGCGAGAGUGCCAAGCGGGGCUGCGAGGGUCUGAUGAGCAGCUUCGGCGUCUCCUGGCCAGACGAGCUGAGGUGCAACUCGUUCCCAGAGGACAACUGCAUAUCGGAAGACAGCAAGCCUGAGAUGUUAUAUGCCGAAGGACUUCUUGCUAAGCUGAUUGCUGGGGGCUACUCUGUUGGUGGAAAAACGCUGAGUCUCCAAACCGCCCGCCUGCUGCUGACUUUAAUGGACGCCGACAAGACCGGGUACCUGGACACGGUGGAGGUCUUCAAACUGGAGCACUAUGUGGCUGUCGUCAGGCGGGAGUACCUGGAGAGCUACGAGAAGAGGAACCCCCCCUCCAUCCCACUAACCCAAAUGAAAAAGGCUCUCCGUGAAUUUGAGUUGGACGACGAAACCUUCAAAGUUCUGUGGAACGAGAACAGCAGCGAAGGCGGGAUCGACUACGACAAGUUUGUGGCCGUCCUGGCGAAGCUCCAGAUCCUCAGAGGCCGUUUCCAUGCCAACUUGCUGAAGCUGCCAUGUGACUGCCAGGUUGCCAGCUUCUCCUUCAAGCAGUUCAUGAAAUCAGCAAUAAUCUGAAGAUCAAACCGGAGGAAAAGGCUCAGGAGAGCAUCUUUAAGGAUGGCUGUGCUUAUUUAGGAUUGUUUUCAUCAUCCUCAUUCUUAAAGUUCAGGAACGUUUGUCUUCUGUCAGGUUUUCUGUGUGUUUUUGUAUUUUUAGAUCACACAUAUAUGAUUUCUGUAAAACUGGUUCCUCUCACUUAUAUUAAAAUGGUCUCUGAUCUUUAUGCAUCUUCUCCAGGUUCCUAUAAUGUACUUUUAAAAAACCUCUGAUGAAAUGACCCGUAAUCCUUUAGGGCAUCUGUAUUCAAAUUAAAGGCAUUGAUGUUUAAUUAAACAGUAAUAGACUAUAUACAUAUAAUUAAAUAGUGUGUAUUAAACAGUAAUAGACUAUAUACAUAUAAUUAAAUAGUGUGUA